AUGGUUUCCAUUGCAGCGCUACACCAGGCGCAGCGGGAGUUGAGUAAUAGCCGAUUAAUUGGCAACGAGCAGUUUCUUGGAGAACUGGACACCGUGGAAGGGGCAAGAAACUCACCCCGAUUCUACGAAUAUCUCUAUCACAAACAGCAGGCUCUUUAUCUGUUGAGAACUAGGUACCACGAGGCACCGUAUCAAGACUCGUACGGGGUUAUUGCUUCAGUCUUCCUGUUCAUUUGGCUGGCGUGUUUAGAAAGCGGGAGAAAUACCUGGGCAUAUCAUCUCAAUGGAUUAAAAGAGAUUAUGCAGGCCCAGAUCCUGUCCAUGGACCUAGCGCAGUCGACAAGCUUAACGGCGGCAUUUUCCCGAUUUUAUGAAUAUUUCGACACGAGCUAUGCCAUGUUAGUACAAACCAUCUUCCCCUUUCAACCAGUGUAUGCCUAA